AUGGGCUCGGCCCAGCCCAUUGGCACCGAUUCGGCCCAGGCGCGGUUACAGCACAGCAGCCUGCUUGGGUUUGGCCGUUUGGGUAUGCAAAGGAGCCCCCUCAUGGAGACACUGCAGAUAAGGCCACGUGCAUCCUUCGCCACUCACCAGCGGUCUCCAGUCUCCACUUCACUUCGGUCCCUGAUCGCCGGGCGAGCAGCGACUACGAACACCAUUAUUGCCAGUCUUGUCUUCUGCCACAUUGCCAUAAUCAUCUUGUUCGUUGGGAUCAAUCUCAAGUGGUGGGAUGGCUGGUUGGUCGUACCAUCAAGUAUGAAAAGAAUCAUUCUUGCCACAGUCAAAUCUACAGAAGACCUGAUUCUUGGUGUUCCCCUGAUAACUGUCAAUCUGUUGGACUUGCACUUAAGUCUCAUGUAUACACAUAUAACAGUGCUCAGAAUAUUUGGUGAUGCUUUUGUUACUGAGGACACGACAAAUGUGAAGUUUCUUCGGGAACUAACAGUUCCAGGCUAUACAUACCCUUUGGUUGCAGUUGGCACAGGUUACAGAGAUAAGUUCUUUGUCAAAGUAUAUGCUGCGGCGUUCUAUGUAGAUUACUCACUUCGCCUUGAUACUGAGCAAUGGAAAGAAAAGAUUGGUAUUGAGAGCUUUGACGGUUCCUCUGUUUUUGACUCCAUUUUUAAGGCACCAGUUGUGAAAUCAUUGAGUAUAAUUCUUGUUAGAGCCGUUGAUGGCAAGACCUUUGUGAAUGCUCUAAAUGAUGUCAUUGCUCGCCAGAUAAAAAACCCAAAUGCUGAGGAAGAAUCUUCCCUGUCAACCUUGCAGAAUACCUUUCUUGGGCGCAAUCUCAAACAGGGAACAAGCAUAUACUUAACUUGGCUUGAACCCAAAAGAAUGCUGAUCAUUAUCCAAUGUGUAGCAUUCUGUGGUAAUGAGGCUAAUGCCGUCACCUCUAACAUAGAAAAUAGUGGAAUUCAAACAGUAAAUAUGACAAUAGAUGGUGGUUCGAUUGGAUAG